AUGGCCUCUUACUUCGAGGAUACUAUGGAUACACUGCUGACUUUCGAGCUGUCCUACGAGGCUUACACUAAUUCCUACACACCUAACGAUUGGACACCAAAAGACCCGCGGAAGCUAUGGCACAUCGUAUACAACGUUCCGGAAUCCGCGGUUAGUGAGGUAACCAAAUUAGCUAAGGAGCAUGGGGCUGGCUUCCUUCAGCUCACAGAUGACACUCUGCCUAACCCAGAUGACACUCUACCUGGCGAUUCCUAUAUCCAGAGCAUGAUGAAUGCAAUCGAGGGUGGCUCUCCGUUGAACACUGAUGCGUUAUCCUGGAUAUCAGGAAGCGCUGCAGCAGCGGUAUCUGGACUCUCAGUCUUGGACUCAGACUAUACUUCUGCUAAAUUGUCCUGGGAUGCGGCCUUGAAUACUCUGGGAUAUUACGUGUAUUCCGGGGAUAGCGUAAUUGCAAGCGUCCCUAGCUCAAUGAGUACAAUCACUAUUGGCGGUCUCCAACCAGGAGCUAGGCAUACUUUCCACGUAACUGCUGUGGGAGGAGGUGGCAAUCUAGGGUCCGCUUCCAUUACGGUUCCGGUCAUGACCGAAUCUUUGCCAAACGGGAAAACCAUCGCCAACUAUCAGUCCUCUCCAGGGGAAGGCUCGACCACUAUCCAGGCUGAUAUUCUUGUUCCUUACGCUUUCAUCCGCCUUUAUAUCUGGAGCUCGGUGGGAUGUGAGUUCGACACCGAUCCAGGAUGGAGUAUCAACUUCAAAAUCGACGAGUAUAUCUGCACUCACUACAUGGUUGAGGGCACCACGCUAUACAAAUAUAGUAGCACACUUCCCGAAGGCUCUACAGCCCCACCUUGGGCGUGGUCAGUCGUAGGGCCUAUCACUCUGGAUAUCCAGGACUAUACCUAUACAUGGACAUUACCCCUCGGUACUUCCACUAUCGACACAAGCAAAUUCGUCAUUCAGGCCCAAGGGUACAACCCCUUAACCAAUGUCUUCGAGCCUGACCCCACCGACUAUAAUUGCAAGGGCUCAUCCAUGUGCACGACCCCCAGCUUUCUGAAGUGGUGCGACCACGCUGUCAACAGUCUGCAGCGAAAUGACGACCCUUCCUACUUUGCUACUUCUGGGAAUGAAACCGGGAUUAACCUAUCUGGCAACUGCUGGGGCGAUCAGACUCGGGGCUGCGGCGUCUUUAUUCAGGGUGAUGAUAGCUGCAGUAUCAGUGGUAACGACCUGUGGAAUGACUACCAGAACAUCCGGAACGUUGGCGGCUGUUCUAAGUGUGGCUCGUUCUUCAGGGAAGAUGGCUGUCAGAUUACCAUCGAUUAUGUUUAUCAAUGUGACAACCACGGCUAA